AGUCCGCCUUGUGGUCGGCAUACAUGACGCACGAAUCAAUUCCACAUUUGAAUUUGAAAAAGGCGGGAGUUGAAGUGUUUUUUUUUUUCAAGUUUUGAAAAUGGAGUUUAAGGUUUUGUUUUUAUGCUUGAUUUUGCAGCACGGUACCGAAGCCUGCUUCACGUACAACCAAGUCGAGAAUACCAAAGUGAAGACCGGCAGUUCAUUCUACCAGGAGUGUCACUGCGACGAUCCCGGAACCGGGAUUAAUCUCAAAUGGCUGGAUAGCAGAGACAAAGAAAUUGUGCCGUUGGGACCAGGUACAAAAUCGAACGUGUAUUCCGAGUGGAUGGACAAGAGCACGUACAGUGUGUUCAUCGCGAACAUCACCAAGUCUAUAUCCGGAGCGUAUAAGUGUAUAACAGUCAACAAUGGGAAAAUAUACACGCUGACUUACAACGUGGAGGCUUAUGACCCUCCUUACUUCGUAAACACGGAGAGUACUCAGUACGUGGUGAGCGGGAGAGACGCGCUCGUCACGUGCGAGGCGCGAGGAGAGACGGAGCCUAUGAUCGCCUGGCACAAAGACCGGGAGGGGUUGAUUGAGAUAGCGAACGACGAGAAGUAUGAAGUGUCACCAAAAGGUCUUCACAUAAAGGACAUAACGAAACACGACAGCGGCGUUUACAAGUGUACAGCAUCAGACUUGGAGACCGGCGAAGGAAUUGAUAGAGAUAUUAAUGUAGAGGUUAUAUCGGUGCCAAUUAUAACCGGUGUGAUCGCGACACCGAACAGCAAGGUACAUUAUGGCGGGAGUCUAACCAUUGAAUGUUUGGCCAGCGGAGUUCCCCAUCCUGAGUACACGUGGAGAAAAAUUAAUGACACUGCAAAAGACAACACAACAUGGCGACAAGUAGGCAAUAAGAUAAUAUUCGACUCUGUGGAAGCUGCAGACCAGGGCACAUAUGAGUGUACAGCAACUAAUUCUGCAGGAAAUUACACCAUGGGUAUACCUAUACAGGUACUAAUACCGCCAACAAUAACGCAGUUCGAUAAUGUAACGGCCGUGGAGGGGUCUACAAUGCAGAUCGUGUGUAAGGCUAGCGGCCAACCCAUGCCCAAAAUAAAUCUUAUGUAUGUUGGUGAAGAGCCUACUGAUCAGAGUAUCGUUUGGAACACGAAAAAUGUAAGCGAGACAGAAAUAGAGUUCUAUCUGACGUUCCUGAAAGUAAACUGGACCCACGCUGGGACCUACCUCUGCAAUGCAAGUAAUGAAGUGGACUACGUGACGGAAGAGAUGACGUUGACGGUGGAAUUCCCGCCGUUCUUCCCCGAGACCAUGGAGAGCGCUUGGAGCUGGCGCGGGAGGCCCGCCAACCUCAGCUGCGAGCAUCUUAGUAACCCACCAUCUGAAGUUACUUGGAGGUACCACGCAAACGAAGUUCCUCCAAAGGACCAAGUUGAUAUAAACAGGCUGAUCGCAGCCAAGGAACACGACGUUUGGUUGUCCUUAGACGAUGCGAAUUUGUACGGAAUAUUCGAAUGUAUAGCGAAGAACAGGAUCGGCGAAACGCGAAAAAUGAUCAAUUUACAGGAAGGAAGUGUACCACCGAUUGUAAAUAACGUGACCACCAUGGAAAUUACAGCAACGUCCGCGGCGUUUUCGAUCCAAGCCCCGGAAAUUGUGAACGGACCACCCAUCAUCGGGUACCGGGCAGAAUACGACGAGCUACAGAACUACAACAUCACAGACAUACACACAAACAGGACUUGGUCCAUAGAUAGAUCGUUUAAAGUGGACAAACUCAAGGCCAAUACGAGUUAUCUGAUCAAGUUUGCUGCUAUCAACGAAGUUGGGGUUGGAGGUUGGAGCGAUUUUGUGGAGUUUGUGACUUUGGAAAGGAAACCCACAAUGUCCCCUCCAGACGAGCCCGUAUGGGAUGUGAGUAAAGAGGACGUGGCCAAGUACCGCACACUCAGGUGGAAGAGUUUGGACACCAGCGAACCGAUUGACUAUUAUGUUUUACGACAGUGCCUGACCUACAACGGCUCAAUAGACGAUGACUAUUGCAUAGAAAUAGUAGAAUCGUCCACAGAGUACCACAUCACGGGGGCAGGCGACAUCUAUUUCGAACUAGUCGCGCACAAUUCUCUGGGGAAUUCGUCUGCUCUGUACAUGAUUAUCACCCUGACAGGUGACGAAGAACCGCUCCUAUCAGCUGGUGGUGUCAUCGGUCUAUCAAUAGUGGUGGUGUUUGUCUGUCUGGUCCUGCUAGACCUUCUACUACUGACCUGGAGACGACAGGGUAUCCUGGCGAAUUGCUGCUUCAAGAAGAAAGAUGGAGAUGAAAGUUUGAAUUCGAGGGAUAAAAAGGAGCUCCUAAAAGAUGGCGAAAGCACAAAGCGACCGAGCAACGGCCAUAAAGAAUACGAGUACAAUAAAACUACCGGCGUUAUUACUGGGAAACACUCUGCCGUGUAGCUACUCUGUAAACUCGUAUAAGUACUAAGUAGCAACUGUAUAAUGGAUUAGGACUUGUUUACUCUGUGGCAUUUAGGAGACAAAAUUGUCGCUAAAACGCUCUACUUUUUAAAAAUAUAUACAGAGUGUAACACACGAAAGUUAUAAUACUAUAGGGGGUGUAUUUCAUUUCUCAUUAUGAGAAAUCUAAUGUGUUUCUAUAGACUAAGAAGCUAAAAGUAUCUUACUCUUUUAGCUCUGCUACUUUUUACAGUGAACCUAAACAAGAGAUACAUACACGUUACACUCUGUAUAGUCAUUAGUCAAGUGUAUACUGAUAAUU